AUGGAAGCCUCGACGCUGGAAAGUCUUGUCGAUUUCUGCUAUUCUGGUGAAAUAACGAUCAGUGAAAGUAAUGUGUACAGUAUUCUGCCCGCUGCUUGCUUGCUUCAGUUGAGUGAGGUUCAGGACAUAUAUUACAAAGACGAUUUUAACCAGCUCCCUUUCAACCAAAUUGUUGAAUUAAUUUCAAGUGAUGAGCUCUAUGUGCGAUCAGAAGAGCAGGUGUUCACAGCUGUGUUGCAGUGGGUUAGGUAUGACCUGCGAGACCGGAAACAAUUCUUCUCACAAUUGCUGAAGCAUGUACGGCUUCCACUUUGCAGCCCGGAAUUUCUUGUGAAUACAGUUAGUGAUAAUGUGCUGGUAAACGAAGACGUCGACUGCCGUGAUCUUGUGGAUGAAGCAAAGAUUGGUGACGCCUCCUCACAGGGUACUCAUAAUCUCCAAAUUGUAAUCUGGCUGGUGUUUCAGAACUAUCAGCUUCUUCAACUGUCCACUCACGAGCCUCCAACCAUUCUGAGUCCGCGCACUCGACCACGGAAUGUAACUAUUAGCGAGAUUAUAUACGCCGGUAUGCAUGCUCUCGCAGACCAUUAA